UCCAUACCGAAUGACAUUUUCAGAUCCGACAUGCUCUUCACCGUAAAAAAGUUGGUGAAAAAGUGGCGUCUCGAGUCCUCCAGUCCGUUAUUGCACAGGCCGGAAAAAUCCCUCCUGUCGAGCAGCCUCGGUUCGGGGAGGGGAGGAGGUCGACACGUUAGUAACUCCAUGAUGGACUAUGAGGCGGAUUCGGCCUUCCACCUGAAUUGGACCCCACUCGCAGUGAUGAUCAAGUCAGUAGGUGACAAAGGUCUGGACCAUUUCCUCUUUUUUCAGAAAUACUGUUCUUUCUCUGCAGGUCGAAGAAGAUGUCUGUCCCGUACCAGGAAUUUGGUGGGCUAAUCCUUCCCGAGAAGCUCCACUGGUUCAAAGUGUUUGCGAACCAUGUCGUCGAUAUGGUAGAGCUCGAGGCGGAGGACAUGCACGUUGUGGCGGGACAGUUGAGCUGCAUCCACAUUUCGAACGUUACCCUGACCUCGCACACGGUCAAGUCCCACGCGAGAGAAUUGUCGGGAGCUCUCGUCCAUUUUUCCAAGAUCGCAAAGUCCAACCCCACCCCGACAACGGGUUCUUCUUCUGCUGGUGGGGAUGAAUCUCAGUCACAGUAUUUAGUCCGCCUCCUCUCUGACCUCUGGUUUUCUGCCGACAUUCUGUACGAGGAAGCCACGCGACUUGUCCGCAUUGUCCGCGAGACGAGAGACAUCCUCCGCACGUGUUACGUUUAUGCCGAUAUUUUCUACAAGCUGGGUCUCCCCUCGUACGACGACUUUCUCGUUCAACAAGGUCAAAUCAGCGCGACGCGGCCGGGGAGGAACAGCAAUCGACCCCAGCAGCACAACGCGUCCACGGUGAAAACCGCGUGGGACAAGUUCAUCGGUGGCGAUGGCCGGAAGUUGUCCGACCUUGCGGAAAUGCUCGUCAUGGCGGAUUUCUCGACGAGCCCGUACCAACAGAUCUUGCAAGUCAGACCGGUCGAGGCGGAAAAUAUGGUGAUGAAGUUGGAGUAAGAAAUUAAAAAUUA